AUGGAGAAUGAAGGCACACUACAAGAUGGUCGACCAGCAUCACCGAACCGUGCAGACGAUCUCUUUGAUUAUGACUUCGGCUUGGAUGAGCUGUGGCGGGAGACCCCGAAUGUGCUAAAUAAUGGCACUCCCAUGCAGUCUUCUGCGCGAGAUGAAUCAGGACUCGGUUUAGGUCUAGAUGAAGAGGUCAAAGUGACCAAAAAGCGGCAACCUGUUGCAAAGCUGGAUGAGAGUCGCCUACUGUCACAGCCUGGUAUUCCAAAGUUGCGCCGCACAGCCAAAAAGAAAUUGAGAUUCAAAGGGAAAGGGCAUGAGUUCUCCGACGCAGCACGCUUGUUGAACUUCUACCAAUUGUGGCUUGACGACUUAUUCCCCCGUGCAAAGUUCGCGGAUGGUCUUGCCAUAAUUGAGCGACUCGGCCACUCUAAACGCUUACAAGCGAUGCGAAAGGAAUGGAUAGACGAGGAGAAACCAAAGGUCACGUCAGAAAAUCAUAAUGAUCCCCUGCAAGCCUCCGAAUCAUCAGGAAGUCGGUCCGAUGAUCCUGUUGUAGCAUUUGAUGGUCUCAACAUGACGGAUACAAAACGAUCGAGAGGGGAUAUUGCUGGUGACCAUACGUCGGAUGCAGAGGGGAUGCAUAAUGAAGACACUUUGAAUUCUUCGCGACAACGCGAAUCAGACGAGGGGCUCUUUAUGACAGAUGACGAUGAUGUCGCGCAGCAGCCCGAUAACCUGGAAGCUCCCGACGACGAUGAAUUGGAUGCACUUCUAAAAGAACAAGAGCUACUCCUGAUGAACAAUGCCUCUACCUGA